UGUGGAAGUCAGUUGCAGGGUAGAAGUCGACCGAGCUCUGUUAAAUACAAUUUCUAUUACCUUUCUGUUAUAGCGAUUCUGUGUAUUCACCAGAUAUCUGUGGUUGAAUUACCUUACAGCCAUGCGUGUGUUGUCCCUCAGAGACCUGAUGUGGAUCUACAUGCUGCUUCUGUGUUGUGCAUCAUGUAACGGUAGACCAGAUCCCAAGAAACGAGAUGCUUUACUAGGCCUGGAGGCAUCUGGACGGACAGGAGGUGACAUUAUGUUGAACAAGAGAGAAAAACUGCUUGAUGGAAAACUUCAGAAACUGAAGCAGCAUGAUAUGGAAGCAGGACAGUUUCUGCCGUCCAUGCAUUUCUUCAAGGCAAAGCGCCUCAUUGACCAAAGUCCUGUCUUUAAUUUGAUACAGAAGAUGCCUAAAGGUGCUGCGCUGCACGUACACGACUUUGCUAUGGUGUCAGUGGAUUGGCUGGUAAAGAACGUGACCUACAGAGAGAACUGUUAUGUGUGCUUCACAGACGAGCAAACCGUACAGUUCAUCUUCUCCUCUGGACCACCAGCAUCCAGUUCACACUGCUCCUCAUGGACUCUGCUCAGAUCCCUCAGAGAAAAGAUUAAAAACACCACUGAACUGGACAACAGUUUUAUUCGAAAUCUCACGCUCUUUACUGAGGACCCAGACAGAACUUAUCCUAAUCAAGAUAUUGUGUGGGAGAGAUUUGAGCAGGUAUUUUUAGUGGCCUACGGGUUGGUCACUUAUGCUCCUGUCUUUAAAGACUACCUCUAUGAAGGUCUCCGACAGUUUUAUGAGGACAACAUCAUGUACGUGGAAAUCAGAGCACUGCUGCCACAGACAUAUGAACUCGAUGGCAGACUGAAUGAUAAAGACUGGAGUAUGGCAGCCUGUCAGGAAGUUGUGAACCAAUUUAAAAAACAUUACCCAGACUUCAUCGGGGCUCGGGUGAUUUUCACUGUCCACAGAAAAAUAAAUGCAACUGAGGCGGUGAAGACAGUAGAGGAAGCAAUGAUACUGAGAAGAAACUUUCCAGAUGUCAUGGCAGGCUUUGACUUUGUAGGACAGGAAGACCUUGGAAGACCUUUGUGGUACUUCAAGGACGCUUUGAGUUUACCUGAAGGACAAGGGUUUUAACCUGCCCUACUUCUUCACGCUGGAGAGACAGAUUCACAGGGAACAGAUGUGGAUCAAAACCUCAUGGAUGCUCUUCUGUUCAACACCACGCGUAUCGGGCACGGCUUUGCUUUGGCACGUCACCCUGUGGUAAAAGAGAUGGCCAGAAAGAUGGACGUGCCGAUUGAAGUCUGCCCUAUUUCAAAUCAGGUGUUGAAGCUGGUCUCAGACCUGCGGGAUCAUCCGGCUGCAGUCCUGAUGGCUGAAGGUCAUCCUCUGGUGAUCAGCUCUGAUGAUCCUGCUGUUUUUGGAGCCACAGCUCUUUCACACGAUUUCUAUGAAGCUUUUAUGGGUUUUGGAGGAAUGAGCUUUAAUUUAGGCACAUUAAAAGAGCUAGCCUUAAACUCCCUCAGGUACAGCACAUUGCCAAGUCAAAGAAAGAAAGAAGCUAUCGACGCUUUGCUGGUAAAAUGGGACAAGUUUGUUUGGGAAAGUUUACUUUGAUAGGAUGUUACCAAAUUAGGACGUUUUUAAUUAGGAGGCCAUUGUUUACAGGACAUUUACGUCUUUUGUGUCGUAUUGGUGAUACUGAGGUGCGAAAACGCCAAUUUAUGCUGAGAGAACUGAAU